UCAGCCAAUAGGCAUCGUGCGAGGGUUUGCCGACCAAGGUCGCGGUAAUGGCUUCCUAGGCAAGACUUACUUUGUUUAUGCCGCCAUAGGGACUCCAGUAGCAGCGUUUAGCGGGCUCAGUGUACGUUACAUUAGUUCGGAAACUGACACGUUCGUGAGCGGGAGUUUCUCGCCGAUGGGGCUAAGUUGUAAGGCUGAAUGAGGCGAUCGCCUGUGGUACGGUAGAAGGAUGAACUCCAUCGCCGGUCGGGAUCUCGCAGUGUCCGCUGGAGCUGUCAGCAGCACCCCCGGGGCAGCAUCCUCCAGAGUCCUGCAUGUGGAGCUCACAUCACAACAGAGGCGAUUACGUCACUUGCGGAGCAUAGCAGCCCGUAACAUUGUGAACAAGAAUGGCUCUCCUCUGCUUGACACUUACUUCACCCUUCACCUUUGCCAGGAAGAUCGGAUAUCACGAGAUUUUUAUAAGAGUGAAGUCAUCCGAGACUCAUUGAACCCAACAUGGCGGAGCUUAGAUUUCGCAAUGCUUCCAGAUCUCUUGGACACAUCUGUGUCGUGUUUUGUGGUGAGAAUAUGGGGUGGGAGGGAAGAACAGUACCAACUGCUUAUUGAGUGGAAAGUCAACCUAGAUGGGCUCAGAUACACAGGACAACAGAUUCGCUCCAGAAAUCCAAAUGAGAUCAUCUUUGGACUGAACGAUGGCUACUAUGCAGCUGAGUUUGAUCAGAAGGAAAGCUCUGACAGGAAGAAGAACAGUUUGCUUCAGGUGGACCAGAGCUCUGUCAGAAACUCCUACAGUGUUUUCUCUUUACUGAGACUGCACACGGCCCAGAGAGCCAUUAAACAGACUCAGGUGACCGUUCAGAAGAUCGGGAAGGAAAUUGAAGAGAAACUGAGGACAACAGCGUCCUGCACAGAAAAGAAAAAAGAGAGAGAGUGUAUGCAGCUACGUAUCGGGAUUCUGAGGUGUGAGUUGGAGAGACAGAGGAAGGCACUGGCGAGAGAGAUGGACAUGAUGCAGAAAGAGAGAGUGCAGCUUGUAAAGAAAGAGGAGGCGUCGUCUACCAAGCAUCAGGGUCUGGAGUCUGAGCGCAAGUCUUUGACGGAGUUACAGAAGGAAUGCACUGCCAAAAGAGAGCUGUUUCUAAAAUCCAACGCCCAGCUCACCUUCCGCUGUCGUCAGCUUAUAUCAGAGCUGUCCUACAUUUAUCCCAUUGAUGUGAACAAUCAGAAUGAUUAUGUGAUUUGUGGUGUAAAACUGCCCAAUUCUGAAGACUUUCAAGCAAAGGAUGAUGGGAGUUUGGCGGUGGCUCUGGGUUAUACGGCACACCUGGUGCUGAUGAUAUCCUGCUUCCUGCAGAUUCCGCUCAGGUAUCCAGUCAUCCACAAGGGUUCCCGCUCCUCCAUCAAAGACACCAUCACUGACAAACUCACAGAGAAGGAGAGAGAGUUCCCUCUCUACCCCAGAGGAGAGCGUUUCCAAUUUGAAUACGGUGUCUAUUUGCUCAACAAAAACAUUGCCCAGUUGAGGUAUCAGCAUGGGCUCUCCACCCCAGAUCUGCGUCAGACUUUACCCAACCUGAAGCACUUCCUAGAGCAUGGGCUACUUGUACGAUGUGACAGGCACCAUGUUUCCAUGUCCAUCCCUGUCCCUCUAAAGUCUCACCUCAGCGUUUCCACUGCAUCCGAAGUGGGCUUUCCGACCCUCUCCAGCUCCCCUGAACGGGAUGUCCGGAAGCAGACUGGCUCAGAUGCGGAUAAACAGAAAUACCAAACCCCUCCGCCUAGUUACAACACGGCCAUGACUCAACCUGAUCCCAUGAUGACUCCAGAAGUCCCAUCAGCGCCGUCCACAGAGAUAGUGAGCACUGAAGUAGGUGAGACUGUGGAUACACAUGGGGAUGGAGAGACUGUGUCCGAGGCACAUACGGAGAAGCCUCUUGAAAUACUAACAGACAUAGCCAGUACAUUACCAUCUGACUCUGUCCAUCAGCACCCAGGAGCCAUGAAUGGCUCGGCCGUGCCCAGCGAGGGUAUAGGUUUGGGUGUUGCGGGCACAGCCGAACUUUGCUGCUCUGUGGAGCAGGCUGAGGAAAUUAUGGGCACUGAAGCCACAGGGCUGGGAUUGGGAAUGGGUUUAGGGUUGGGAUUGGGAGGUGGCGCCAGACUGGAUGAUUACCCAUGUAUCCCUGUGGAGCACGCAAUUGCGGUUGAGUGUGACGAACAGGUUUUGGGAGAAUUUGACGCCGCUGGGAUCGAAGAGGUUUCGCGACGCAUCUAUGCACUAGAAAACAUGUCAAGCUUCCGACGGCCUCGGAAGAACUCCGAAAAAUGACUGGGAUAUUGGACGUGGGGCUGGAGAAACGGGUCAGAGGGUGACUGGCGUCCAAGUUGAGCCUGCGUAAUAUUUCACCCUGACUGCAACAAGUAUAGACAUUACAUAAAGAAAUAUAUUAUAAUUAAUAUUGUUAUAAUAAUUAUUAAAAAUUAUUAGGAAAAUCUGGAAUAUUGACCGAUUUGCACUUCUCAAAGCAUUUCUAUAAUCCUUUAAAGUGAAAUAAAGAGAAUGUUUGGUUGAAA